CGACAAAUGGCAGUGAAAUCAAUACUGCUGACGAGAAGCCUAUAGAGGAGCUGGUUGAGUCCACAACCGAUGCUUCCUCUACCAAGGGCAAGUACCUCCAGGGAUGGAGACGCCAUCUGGUGUCACUAGGCUGCUCAAUUUGCAUGUUUCUUGUCAACGUCGAGGUCUCCAUCGUGGGUACCGCGCUAGUGCCCAUUGUAGAGGAUCUCCACGGAGUCGAGCGUAUGGGAUGGGUCAUAACGGGCUAUCUCAUCACGUACACAGCAACAAUUAUCAUAUGGGCGAAGCUCAGCGAUAUAUUCGGCCGGAAAUACACCCUGGCGACUAGUCUGCUAAUAUUUACAGCAUUUUCGGGAGCUUGUGGAGCGUCGCAGACCAUGAGUCAGCUUAUUAUCAGUCGUGUCUUUCAGGGAAUCGGGUCUGCCGGAUGCUGGUCAGUCGGCCUGACGAUGGGUUACGAGCUUGUCCCAAGAGAAUUAUACCCCGUCCAGGGAGCAAUUUACACCGGCGCAGGAGCUCUCGGAUCUCUUACUGGUCCACUGAUUGGAGGGGGCACCAGUCAACAUGGGCAAUGGCGAUGGGCAUUUCUGUUCAAUGCUCCGGUGGGGGUUUUGACGAUAAUACUGCUUCUCGCUGCUGUUCCCGCUCAUUUCCCACAUCAAGGAGACCUCGACUACAAAGCCCCGACAUGGCGUCAGAAACUAUCACGGCAUUCACUGGCGCGCCUAGACAUACCCGGAUGCUUGUUGAUUCUCGCUGCGACCAUGCUCAUAGUUGCUGUUCUUCUAGAAGGGGGCAUCUCUAUCGCCUGGGACUCAGCUUCUGCCAUUGUGCUUUUUACCGUAUCCGGAAUACUAUGGAUACUGUUUCUGGCCAACGAGUGGUUUUUCACCAAGCGCGACCGGGCUCUCGAGCCUAUUUUCCCCUGGCGUUUCUUUAAAAAUAGACCAUGGAUGGGAACAUUGAUUUUCUCGCUCAUGUCCGGCAUACCGUACAACAUCCUGAUUAUCAACAUUCCACAGCGGUUCCAGGAGCUGGAUGGAGCAUCACCAAUGGCCGCUGCGGUCCGUUUAAUCCCCUUCAAUCUCCUCAUCGCGAUAACUUGCGUCAUGGUCAACAUCUUCGUUAUGAAGACCGGAGUACCCUGCAUUUGGGUGUUGCUCUUCGGUUCUAUCGUCCAGGUGGGCGGCCUGGCAUGGUUCUGCGUCCUGCCAGAUGAUGGCACGCUUCCUUCUACCAUCUAUGGCUGCCAGGUGCUUACCGGGUUUGGAAUCGGGUGUGUGCUCGGUAUCACGUUGCUUAUGCCGCCUCUAGUUGUCGAAAAGAGGGACCUAGCCAUCUCAACCGGAGCCCUCAUCCUAUUUCGUGCCCUCGGGGGCGUCUUGGGUCUAUCCAUUACUACCACCGCCUUCAACAACUACCUGAAGACGCAUCUUUUCAGCACAUUCGGUAAUGUGCCCACAUCGGCACUUCUUACCGCAGUUCAAGAAGCUAAGCGCCUUCCUCUUGACAAACAGCUCCGGGUUCGUAUCGUUCUUUCGGAAGCAUAUGCUCUGCAAUCGAAGAUUCUUGUUGCGUUUGCAGCUAUGCAAGUGUUCGUGGUCGCGUUGGUAUAUCGGAAGGGGAACCAGAUUAGGGUUGUACCGAAGGUGGAAUCAUAG